AUGACCCUGGUAUUAACAUGUCUUAUCUUUUGCUUCCAUCUAGGACUGAUCAUUUGAAAGGACAUUCGACGAAAGUUCAAAAACCGAGAUCAAAUCGUUUACGUCUGGAGUUUCGUUUCUCGCACCGAGUAGUGAAUUACUGAAAUUCUCUGCCGGAACACGUAAUACUAGCACAUUCUAUUGAUAUAUUCGAAACGAGAGUGAAACUCCUUAUCGUUGAAAACUGCAAAGAUUAAUAUAGGUCGAUGGACCUCCUAUCCUUAUCACUGAGGUCUGAAAAAAAUUGGAUAAUGAUCGCUCUCAAGUAUGUUCUUCGGCGGCCUUUUGGUUGAAUUCUACAAAUCACAAGUAUUCACUCACUAGUUUUUCCAAAACAUUUGGAAUCACUGAGUGAACCUAUCUAAUGUUACACACUGUAUUUAUGAUAUUUGUUUGAUGGGCCCAGUCUCUCUAUUUUUGGUGAAAUUUUAGGAAAGCCAUCAUAGGAAAUUUUCGGGAAAUAGCACAAAACCCCCCAAAUUUUACCUAGAAUCUUAUGACACUUUGGGAAAACCCAUCUACUCUCUGUGAUUUGACCUCAAUAUUUUUUUUCGCAUUUUUGGGACGUUCUUCACGAUUCCGGGUUAUCUCCAAGACCAUAUGGUCUGAUGCGUUUUCCCCUUUAUUUCCCCUUUCGCUACCGAAGCAUUUACCCCUUUAUUUCCCCUUUCUUCGCCUUUAUUUCCCCUUUUUGGGUUGUCUGGGAUUAGUGGUCUGUACCCAAGCUGGCAACUUUUGGGAAAUUUUGGGGAAAUCCCCAAAGUGAAAGAGCCUUCCCCAAAAUUUCCCAAAAAAUGAUUGUACAGAAAAUCCUGUUGACUUAAUAACAUGUGCACAAAAGUUACUACGCACCCAUUCAAUUUUAUUUUCAGUUAACUUUUCAAAGUGAACGCGAUUCCAAAGCAAUUGAACCAUAGUUGAUAAGUAGAAUCAAUCUGUCGCGAUAGAUAAGCAUUGCCGUAAUCAAAACAUUGGUGCGCUAUAAGUGGAAAUGUUUAACAAAGUUAAAAAAGCAAUUUCCCCACCAAUAAAUAAUGUCCUCGAAUUCUUAACAGUUGCUAAUGCGUUUCCGUUGCAUAUAUCAGGUUGGUGUUGAACUUUCAUUCAGUGUUCUACAAAAAGAAGUUACUCUUCUGCAUUUCAAACGCAGUAUCGAAACAGCCAAAUUACCAAUAAUAGACAAACGAAUGCCCUAUAUCAUAGCAAUCAUCCAACCUAUGAAUCCAUAAUGCGAUGUGAAAGGUUGACUACGUACCGCUGGUAUAACAAUAAUGUUUGCUAAACUAGAAAAAUUACAGUUAGGUCCGUGAACACUUGCGAAACUAGAAAAUUGGGUCCCACAUUGUAGCAACGACAAAGUACACUUUGGACGUACAUGGCCAGUUCAGGAAUUCACACCCAAAAAAGGUCCAGAAUUUCGUUGACCUUCCUUACAGUUAUGUCACCAUCAUCUCAAAUGCAACUCUGUCUAGCUGUUGCUUCAUUGAGAGAUGAACAGGUGGAGACAUUUCAGUAGUGAAACCACCUACAAUUUGUUAAUAAAAAACCGGAACUAUGCAAUUUGCUUCACUCACUCAGUCAGUCAGCUACAACGUAGGACCAGGCACAUAUAUGCAUCGGUCCAAGUUGCCAUACCUCAUUAACACAACAAGAUGGACACCGGAUUCAUAAAAGUAGUUAAUUCAGAGGUGGUAAUAUAUAAAAGAAAGAUUGCAAUAAGGAUAUAGUACAGGAAGAAAGAAUUAGUUCUUAGAGAGAAAGAUAUGAAUCAAUUUUAAUCUCUUAGUUUAAGAGAAGACAGAGAGUGUAUACACCGACGCCAUUGUGAUGGAUUCUGAGCCAUGUCACCAAGAGUCUCCAACUACUGGUUACGAUAGUCACGCGGACCCCAGCUAAGUAGUCUGCAUCUACCAACAUGGCUCAAACUAGUAGUUAGUGACUUCAAGGACUGAUGUCACGUUUUGGUUUGGCCGCCCCUAACUUUAUUCCAACCAUCUCCAACACCGGUUAGCAUUGCACGUCGUGGUAGUCGGUGUUCAGGCAUACGUAACACGUGGCCCAACCAUCUCAGUCGAUGAAGAUUCAUAACCUCAUCAACUGAUUUACCAUCAUUCCCUAAUACCCUGCGUCUAACCUCACUAUUACUUACCCGGUGAUCCCAGCAGACGCCAGCAAUAUUUCUAAGGCAUCUGUGGUCAAAUACUAAUAGCUUACGAGUGUCUUCUACUCUUAAUGGCCAUGUUUCGCUGCCGUAAAUUAAAACAGAACGGACUGCCGCGCAGUAUACUCGUCCUUUUAUUGAUAGACGGAUAUCUCGCCUUCGCCAUAGGUGGCGCAAGUUGGCAAAGGCCAAUCGAGCUUUUCGAAUCCGUGCUGAGAUUUCGUCCGAUACCAACACAUUAGGGCUGAUCAGACUUCCAAGAUAAGUGAAGUUGUCAACGCGUUCGACUACUUCACUCCCUAUCCUUAGUUCAGGUGUUGACGCAGACCAGUCCUGAAGCAACAACUUGCAUUUAGAGGGAGAGAAGCGCAUUCCAAACAUUCUGGCAUUGUUGCUCAGUGCUACCAGAAGACUCUGCAUUUUGUCAGAGUCUUCACCAAACAGGACUAUGUCAUCUCCAUAUUCUAAGUCGAUAAGUGGACCUCCUGGUAGAAGAUCAAUGCCCAAAAAUUCAGUCUACGUGAGCGUUAUUUCCAUCAGUAGAUCUAUGAUGAAGUUAAACAAAAAUGGGGAAAGUGGACAGCCUUGACGGACACCACUUGAGGUUGUAAAAUUAGAUGACAGUUCACCAUAAGCUAUGACUCGACUAGUAGUGUUCGAGUAAAGAGCCUUCACAAGGUUUAUGUACUUCUGGGGUACGCCUUUCAAUGACAGACACUGCCACAGAAUCUCGCGGUCUACCGAGUCAAAUGCUGCUUUUAAGUCGAGAAAGACCACCAUUGUCGGACGCCGAUAAGUAUGCCUGUGUUCUAGAAUCUGACGAAUGGUGAAUAUGUGGUCGGUGCAGCCACGACCAGGUCUGAAGCCAGCUUGAUUUUCUCGUGUUUUCAGUUCACGAGUCUUAGUUAGGCGUCUGAUAAUUAUCGAGGCUAGUAUUUUAGAUAUUAUAUUAGUUAGACUAAUCCCUCUGUGGUUGUCACAGGAUGAUUUUGACCCUUUCUUAUAUAUUGGGACGAUAAGUGAUUGUGACCAGUUAGAUGGAAUAACGUCUAACUCCCAGAUUUUAGCUAAAAUAUUAGUCAACCUAAUCGCCAAAAUUGGACCACCAUCCUUAAAGACCUCUGGAGCCAAUCCAUCUGGACCAGCUGCCCUUCCUCGUUUUAGAUUAACUAUAGCCUUUUGAACUUCAGCAAGAGUUGGGGGACCUACUUCAAUGUUCCAUUCACACUGUCUGGGAAUGGAGGGUAGUUGUAGAGUAGCUGAAGGCCAGCUGAACUGUUCUCUGAAAUGUUCCGCCCAUCGUUCUAAACGCCUGGACUGGGAGCAGAUGAGUGUAUCGUCUUUUUCCGAUAUAAUCUCACUUACACUUGACUUAUUAAUUCCAGUUUCUUUUAUUAGUCUGUAAAGCUGUCUUGUGUUCCCUAUAGUCGCCGCCUUUUCCAUCUCUUUUGCUUUCGUUGCCCACCACUGCUCACGGUCGUUUCUUAGACUUUUUCUUAACCUAGAUCUGAUUUGUUGUCGCUCUUUAUCAUGUUCGGAACCUGAUGGGACGAGUUUGCGAGAAUCCAUCAGUGUGAUAGACUUUGAAGAAAUCCACUGGUUCUUUGUAACUCUGUGGUUUAAUUCACUAAUAGAUGUCACUGCUGUUUCCACAGCUGUUUGUAUAGCUUUCCAAGCAACAUCUGGGUCAGCCUCGUCUUCAGAACUACCUAAGUGUGACCUCAGUUGUUCCUGGAACCUACUUUUGGUUUUCUCGUUACUCAACUCAGUUCUAGCGGGUCUUUUCAGUGUGGCUUUUUUGCGUCCAGUGAGGCGCAAGCAGAUGCGUGCCCGUAUUAGGGCGUGGUCGGAAUCCAAGCAGGUGCUCCAGAAUGAACGACAAUCUUCUACCGACCCUCUCCAACGAUGACUGAUGGCAAUAUGAUCUAGUUGAGUCCAUCGUUGAUUUGAUGUAGGGGGUCGCCAUGUUAGACGAUGUCUCUCCUUAUGCUUAAAAUUUGUGUUUGCUAAAAAUAAACGAUUGUCUGAGCAUAGUUGCAGCAGACGAUCACCAUUAUCUGUUCGCUGUGUCGGAAUACUAAAAUAUCCACCUAAAUGCCUUUCUGUUUGGUUUAAACUACCUAUCUGAGCAUUAAAGUCACCCCCUACGAGUACUAUGUCUGAGUGUUUAGCUUUCUGCAGAAGUUCGGACAGCUUUCUGUAAAAUUCAUCUUUCACUUCAUCUGAGCUGCAGUCAGUGGGAGCGUAGGCAGAAACGACAAAAAGGCAACGACGUGUGUCCCUAUCCUUCCGAGUUCUUACGUAGCCGUUUAGCUGAACAGCACAUAAACGACUGUUGACGGGGAUCCACUCUAACAGUGCUUGUUCGGCCCUCAUGUUUAGUGCUAUGCCUACACCUGCCAGUCCACGAGAACUGGCCAUCGGGUCACCAGAUACACGGAGGGUGUAUCUCAUUGGCUCUCCGUUUUGACGAGGUGAGGUCAAGUGAAUGACCACACUGGAAUCCUGUAUGCGUGUUUCGGAGACACAGCAUACAUCAAUGGUAAGAGACUCUAGGGUUUUAGCCAGGGAAGCCUGCUGACCGAAUUGACAUAGGGUUCGUACGUUGAAGGCUCCAAUGUGUAGUUUGGAGCGAGGUUUCAGUAGACCUGGGGCAGUGUUUUGAGCACUAGGAUCGUUGGCUUUGGUGACACUUGAGGAGGAAGCCGAAAGAGGAAAUUUAGAGUUGAAAGUCGAUGUAGGAAGAAUAAUAGGAAUGGAAGAGAGAGGUUGAUUAUGAAUACAGUGAUCUUGAGUGCUGUUAGAGGUAUGAGGGCGGUUAUCACUUCCCGGUUGCCCAAACCGUGGAAGGGUUGUUCUGGAGGUACCUGAAAGGGAAAUUGGAUUAGAGGUGAUCUUAGUGACCUGGGAGCGUGACCGCAGUGCCCAAAGGACAACUGCUUGAGGUCAGUCACACACGACCUUUUUAUGGGUGAUUUUUGUGUUAGCUCCGUACUUGUUGAGACCUUACCGCCGAAGACGGAUAUCCGUGGGAUAAGGUGAGGUGUGCAUUUUUAGAGUCAACCUUUUCUAACCCCACCCCUCCUUGUGAGAAGGCAGCAUCGCUGUCAUGCUGGUUGUCUGAAGGAAACACUUUACUGCUGUCACACCUCUGUACAGUCAGCAGUACGACUUCACCUUCGGACCUUGGGUUUGUUGCUUUUAGUCUAACCGCUCUUCAAUCGACCUGUCUGACAUGGUAGGACCUUGAGGAACGGUUGUUCCAGCCAGUAUAGCUCGGUUGCUUCAUCACGAUAGGCAAGCCCGACUACCGCGUCAAGGUAGCAACAACGGUCGGGAUUUGCUUCACUAGGUAAUUAAUGAACGUAACUACAGGACGCAAUGGCAGAUUCUGGGACAAUACUGCUACACUAGUCCAGCAAUCUAGGGUGUAACCCCUCACCAGUUGAUAUUAUUUGGAAUGCUUUACAUAACCCACGUUUAUGUGGAUCGAACGACAUAAGUUUGUCCUUGCAUCAACACCAGGCUGAUUAGUUGUCAAUAGUAGCAGACGAUCGGUAUCAAAAAGUUGAUUGCUAACAUGCACUAGUAAUCUAUCUCAUGCUUUGACGAUUUAUUGCGGCAUGAAGAGUUGACUUUUUAAUGAACGCAUGCGAGCUAAUCUUCAAGAGCCUUAUAAUCAAUGUUAUUUUAUGGUAUUUUCCCAUGUUUUUUCUCAGUUAACUAGGAGUCAGUUACACGUUGCCUUAGGUCAACUGAUUGAUCCAAGAACGUUCGUGUUGGAGUGUUGAAUGUUAUCUCUAAUUUAUAAGGAAUACCAACAGGAAAAGACUCUUAGAAAAGCUCAGCUGGAAACGAAAAAGCAAACUAUGCUUGUUUCAAUUGAUGAGAUGACAAAUGGAUUAUUAACCAGAAUCGAUGAGAAUGUGUCAAAAGCAUAUAUAAAUCAGCAUCGACUAAACAGUGAAUUCAAAGAGUUAAUAACUCAAUUACAUAUUUAUCAGAACCAUGUCAAUAUAUGGCUAAAGCUUGUUUCCGAUAUUCGUAAUGUACUUAAAGAACUGGGUGAUGUUGAAUGUUGGUCCAUGAAAAUGGAACAAGAUGCAAUGCUAAUUGAUAGUUGUCUACAAACAGUGCUCAGUCGUUAUUGAACACUAUUUUCCAUGAUUAUAAAAUUUGAUAUGGUUGUUUUAAGUGUAUACAUUUGGUAAUUUCUAAUUUCCUAUUAUCUUAUUUUAAAAUCAUAGUAUUUACUUGACAUUCAAUCAAAAUGAUAAAAUAAUUGAGCAGAUGGUAUUCUUUUGUAUAUAAAUAAAUUGCAAAAAAAUCUAUGGAUAAUAUCGUCUAUUAAAACUUUUCGAUAAUAAUAUGUACACAUAAUUAUCU